AUGAAGGUCUCUGUGGCUGCCCUCGCUGUUCUCAUCGCCGCCUUCUGCUACCAGACCUCCGCUGCGCCGUUUGGCUCCGACCCGCCGACCUCCCUCUGCUCCCAGCCGGCCGUCGUGUUUGUCACGAGGAAGGGCCGCGAAGUCUGCGCCAACCCCGAGCAGGAUUGGGUCCAGCAGUACGUGAACGAUCUGGAGCUGAGCUGA